ACAGCGCCGCGCUCGCAGGUCCCUUCCCUGCAGCUCCGGCCAGGAUUUCCCUGCUUCCCCCCACCACCUCUUCCCUUCCACCUCCUCUACUUCGGAUCCAGGAUUAACUCGCCUAUGGAGAGAUGGUUUUAGCUGAAUUCUUCAAAAUCACGUAAGAGCAGAUUUCUCACCCUGGAUCAGACUGCUUCAUCCAUGGAGCCCCGGAUUCCCCACAGCAUCACUGUUGUCCCCAACUCCAUGAUGGUCCAGCCUUUGCUGGACAGUCGUAUCCCCUACGGGCGGCUGCAGCAUCCCCUCACCGUCCUGCCCAUUGACCAGAUGAAGGCAACUCAUGUGGAGAACGAUUACACUGACAACCCCACCGCUUCCCAGCUGGCAGCUCAGAAGCAUCCUCGAGCCCCCCAUGAACUGGCUUUGACCAACCAGCAGGUCCAGCGCUGCGAGCAGGACGUCACCCACCCCUGGAUUUCCUUCAGUGGACGCCCCAGCUCUAUCAGCAGCAGCAGCAGCACAUCUUCAGACCAAAGGCUCUUGGACCACAUGGCCCCAGCACCCGUGGCAGAGCAGUCCUCCCCCAGAGCGGUCCGCAUCCAGCCCAAGGUGAUCAACUGCAAGCCCCUGGACCUGAAGGAACCUGUGUCUCAGGAACUGGACAAGCACUUUCUGCUGUGCGAAGCCUGCGGGAAGUGCAAGUGCAAGGAGUGCGCAUUGCCCCGGACUCUGCCCUCCUGCUGGGUGUGCAACCAAGGCUGCCUCUGCUCGGCGCAGAACCUGGUCAACUACUCCACCUGCAUGUGUCUCGUCAAGGGCAUCUUCUACCACUGCACCAAUGAGGAUGAUGAGGGCACGUGUGCUGACCACCCCUGCUCCUGCUCCCACUCAAACUGCUGCGCCCGCUGGUCCUUCAUGAGUGCCCUCUCCCUGGUGCUCCCCUGCUUGCUCUGCUACCUGCCAGCCACCGGCUGUGUCAAGCUGUCCCAGAGAUGCUACGACCAAGUAAGCCGGCCCGGAUGCAGAUGCAGAAACACAAACAGUGUCAUCUGCAAGGCGCUGCCAGAGGGCAAAGGCAACAGGGCAGAAAAGCCUUUUUGAUGGUUUGAGAAUAGGAUGCUCCACAGAGGGGGCUGACCUUGGCUCUUUUUAACAUAACCUGUGGUCUGAGGGGAACGUUUGACCUUCAGAGAAAGCAGAAGCAACUCUUCCCACAAACUGAAGCACUUUGGGCUAUUUAUGGGUUUGGGACUGGUCAGAAUUUAAAGAGAUGGGGCCAAAGAGGAAUCUUAAUGUAGAGUGAAGGCUGAACACCUACAUACAGCAUGAAGUACAGCUGCUCCCAACAGGAACCAGGAACUGCUGGCUUGGCAGGCACAGCUGCAUGAGCAACACCCAUUCCCAGAUGCAAAAAGCUGUGUUGGAGUCACGUCAGGGUGGGCUUCUUGGUUUUGCUUUCUUUCCAAACCCUGAUUUGCUACCAGCAGCCUGUUAAAGGUGGUGGAUUAACUUCUUCCACCCUUCUUCCCUGCCUGCUCAGUGUCUGAAGGUCCAGCUGCACCUGAAGUGCAGGUUUCUCCAAAGCUUUCUGUGUCGCUCAAAGGUUUUGAACCAGAAAUGAAGCUACAGGUCAGUUGUUGAAGGGUCUUUUGUCAUUUAGACACAUUGCUUUCCUUGAACCCACUUGGCCACAUGGAUUUGGACCUCCUUCUUCAAGCAAGGUGUUAUCAAACUGGUUUCUCCCCAGGAAAAAUAGUAGCAGGAUGUGUCAGAGUAGUGGUACCAACAUGGUAUUGUUCUGCCUGCAAAGCCCAUGCAUAGCAUCAGGCUUCACUCAAUGGAAUAUUUGGUUUACAUUCAGCUGCUCCAAGAGGAUUUUGGCCAAAUCCCAUUUCCCCAAGGCAUGUGCUGGAGCAAAGGGGAUCUUUACCACACCAUGACGUGAAGACAUUCAGUGUUUGUUUCUCUCAGCCUCUUAAGCUCUACUCAGCAGUCACAAAGCUCAAGUGCACGACACACCCAGGUGUAUUUUUAUAGGGAUACCAACCCAGCACCUCCUCUCCUGGAACAAGCUCUCUUUUGCUCCUUAAAUAUUCCAAUUUUUAGAGUGGUUUUGGUAUGGGGGGUGAAUGCCAUUUGCUUGAAGUACAACCCAUUCCCCCACCUCUAUUGCUGCUGGUCAAACUUUGCCUCCUCUGUACAGAAGUGUCUUUUUCAAGUGUAAAGAAUGCUUCUCGUGUUUAUUUUAGUGUUAACAAACACCAGGAAAAGCCAAGGGAGGGCAGAGAGCUUGUUUAAAGAAAGUGCCCAUGGCUUUGAGCAAGAGAGUAUCAAUGGCUUUGCCCAUGUGUUCAUCCUAGUGCUGGCUCUGCAUUCCCUCAGGAUGCAGCAACACUUCAGGAUGCAGUAAGCCCUUUCUCUCGACAACUACAAGGUGCUAAACACAAACCUUUGUCCAAACAUGCAACACCGAUCAGCAGGUAGGUACUUGUUGUGUGCAGAAAACUGAGCUAGACUCUUCUUUUUCCUUCCUUUUUUGUUUUAGUGAGAGGAAUUUUCCUCAGUCAAUGCACAGCAGUGACAGUGAAAUGUCAUCUCUAAUUAGAUAAGCAAUAGGCAGAGCUCAUGUAGCAUUUCCAGGAAUCCCAUUUGCUUGGCUGCAGUACAGUUGCUGCGUGGAUGGGUUGGCAGGAGCAUCCUGAUGGGACUUCUGGUGUCUCUUUGUUUUCAGAAUUCAUUUAACCUGCAUGACUCGGGGGUUGCUUAGGCUUAGAGGUACUGGUUGAACAAGGAAUUGAAAAACCAAAAGACCAACUUUCUGUUUACAACAUUUGCUGGCUUGUACAUAACACAUCAGAGAAAAAAGGGAUACUACAUCUGUCACCAGAUCCCAGUUCCUAGGGUUUAUCCUUUCAUUGACUGCAUGGGGACACAGAAUACCAAGGUGGAAGGGACCUCAAGAAUCAUCUGGGCCAACCUUUCUAGGUGACAGUGUAGCAGAAAUGAGAUGGCCUAGCAACCUAUCAAGCUGAGUCUUAUAACUGUCCAAUGUAGGGAAAAGCCCCUGCUUCUCUUGAGAGCUGAUUCCAAUGGCACCAGAGAGAAGGAAGCAGGUGAGGAUCCAAAGCUUCAUUUCUUGUCUUGCACAAAUUGGAGGGGGAAAGGUAAAAGGAAAAUCAACCCCUAAACUGGCUGAACUGUUGGUCGAAUGUAGAAGAUAUUCUAUUUCAUAAGAUAAAUCAUUCUCCCGAGAUGCAGACAGGCUAGAAAACACAGCAGGAGAAGGUAUCAACCUGCUGCCCUCCUCUCUUGAGACCAUAUGUAUCCAAAUGGCCUCCACUUCUGGCUGUUUUGCCUCUGACCCUCUGUCCCUAGCUGUUCCUGGGGAGUCUGAGCUGAGAAGCUGCAAGAGCAAAGCCCCACAGGCAGCACUGAUGCAUGGUCCUUGCAAGCAAACGCACGGCUGAAGUGGUUGCCACUGUGCCAAUCUACACUCAUGUAUAUACACCCGGCAAGCCUCCAGGGGGUUGCUGUCACUGUACAUAGCUGUAAACUAUUUCUCUGUUGGGUUCUUUUCAUAUCUAAGUCCUGCAGUGGUGUAAGGUGACCCCCACCAUGGGCUGUAAAACAUUAGUGGAUAUGUUAGAGCAGUGGUAAAUGUAGCAGAGCAAUCUUCCCUCUUCUUCUUGGUCUCCUGACAUAGUAGUAGGACUCUGCUCCAUCAGCUCCUGGCCCAAGGCCUGGACAGAAAGUGUCAAGCACUUUGCAGAGCACUUGGAAUGGUUCAGGGUCAGCUGUAAUAGGGGCUCUGCUAUCGGUGCUGGCCAUGGGGCUGGCAGAGGGUACGAUCCAGUCAAUGUCUUUAUUUUUCUCUCUUCCCCCAUCCAAUUCCCUUAUCCCAAUGCCUUUCCUUCCCCUAUCCCAAUGCCUCUCUUCUCCCAUCCCAACAUCUCUAUUCUCCCAUUCUAACACCUCUAUUCCUCCAUCCCCUUUUAAGGUACUUGGGUUUUCUGCCACCCCUGAGACAUACAUGGGCAUGGUGCUGUGUAACCUCAGCCCCAGCUCUGGCCAUCCUCCCGCUGGGCCAGGUGCCCUCUUGCAGACUGAAAUCCAGCUGCUGAACAGCACAAUCCUUGGGCACAUUUGCUUGGUGGGGUGGGACAAAGGCUAGAGGGGAGGCAACAGCAUUUCUCCCCAGACUGGGCACCGUGCCAGCACAGAGGAGGAUGCCAGGGUGGUCAAGCUUUGCCAUCCUGAACUACUAAUGGCUGUAACAGGUUCAUUGAUGGGCCUUACCCUCUGCAUGUGGGCAGCAGCUGAUGCCCACAAAGCAAGAAGGGGUACCUUUAUGGGGCACUGACCGUGUGAUGCCACUUCCCUAGCUGGCAUGGCUUCACUAGACAAAUAAACCAUGACUGAACUUUCCUCCCCUGUGGCUACAUGGAGUAGCUACUAAAUCCAUACCAUUGCUCCCCAGCUUUUCCACCUGGAUGAGCCCUCACAGCACUGGGUAUUCCCCCUCCAACGCUUGGACACACUGGGAAAGGUUCCCCCCCCUCUUCUCCUGGUUGCCACCUCACCAUAUCUACACCCUGAGAAGUUACUACAGAAGGUUUUUUUCCUUUGUAUAGAAUAUUUAUUUUGAAGCUCUAUUUUAAUAGUAUUUAUUUUAGAAAGUCUACUAUUGUAAGAGUUCUUCUGUUGGUGAAGAAAAAACCAAGUACUGAUGAAUGUACUGAUCUAGAAAUUAUAUAUAUAUAUAUUAAAAAAUAUAUAUUGUUAAAUAUA